UUCAAAUCCUGCGUUUCUCCCGGAUUAGGCAGUAUCGCCGGUAAAUGUCACAAAUGCAUGAAAAUCACAUGUAUAUUCGAGUCAUCAUGACGAAAAUCUGACCGGCAGACACAGAUUGGAAUUCAAACGUGAGCCGAGUGAGAAGGGCGUCUGCGCGAGUUAGUUAUUGCCAUAAAUUGCCGCCGCGUGAAGCCGCAAAUCGCAUUUGAAUUGGGGUCCUAUCGCACGAUAAAUUCCACGAUAAAUUCGAAGCUGUGAAUCAGCUUUCACGGCAACGUCGGACCAUCGGUCCACGAACGAAUCGCUCGCGAAUAAUAUUGGAAAACGUCGUUGGUUGCGAAUCUAGUGGAAAAAGUCUCGAGAGGGUUGAUCCGUGAAACAUUGUGUGCCAUUUUUGAGGAAAAAUUCUUGGUCGAUCGAGCAGAAAGUGUAUGCACAAACACACACACAGGGCUAGAAAACAGUGAUAUUUACAAAGACAGUCUGGAAACGGUCAACUAUCCCGCAUCCAUUUUGUUCGAACGCUCCUGGCGCUUUACAAACAGAUACGAUCUCGAAUCGUUCGCGAGGUAGAAUCUCACAUCAGUGUGAUUCUGCCUUUCAGACGCGAACGUGCUUCUUCUACGUCGUUGGUUCGUUUAGCAUUAUUAAUAAACAAACGUUAUUGUGCGUGAGUGUCGUUAUAAAAAAAAAAAAAACUGAAGAAAUGAACGAGAAAUUGCGCGUCUAAUAUCUUUUUCGUGUCCUUCUUCUUAUCAAAUAAUCGAAGAGCAAUUGAAGAAAAGAUACUAGCUCCGAUCUGCAGACAAAUACUCUGAAAGUGUUCGUCGAUCGAGCCAUCGAGCGUUGAUUGGAAGAAACUGAAAGGAGAAAGUAAAAAGUAAAUUUUAUAAAAAGUCGUCACGAUGAAACUUUUCCUACCGAUAUUUCUGACGAUAUUGGCGUGUGGUUGGUGCAACGGUCUACGAAUUCUUGGCAUAUUUCCACUGAAUGGAAAGAGCCAUUGGACCAUGGCAGAACGACUGAUGACGAGCCUGGCAGAACGAGGCCAUCAAGUGGAUAUUGUUACUCAAUUCCCAAUGAAGAAACCGCCACCGAAUUAUAACCAAAUUUCUUUGCAAGGGACCUUGCCGGUGGUGGUAAAUAACAUGGACGCGAGCAAUGUGACAGCGUUUAGUAGAGUCGAUAUAAAAGCCCUAAUGGAUGUGGCAGGCACUCAAAUAUGCGAAUUGAUGUCGCACAAACAGUUCCAAGAUCUUUUAAAAAAGCCUAAGGACUACGAUCUUAUCAUAAUGGAGGUAUUUCAUUUUAUUNNNNUCUCGGGUUUGGUAGCCUCCUAAACAAACCCAUAGUCGGCUUAAUCACCUCCGGUUUCCCUGAAUGGCUCAGCAGCGUGACAGGAAAUCCGCAUAAUCCUUCCUUCAUGCCUAGCCUCUUUCAUUCGUUAAGCCAGCGAAUGACUUUUUGGGAGAGGCUGCAGAAUACCGUUCUAACGAAGCUAAUAUCAAGUCAGAUCACCUACUAUUUGAACAAACAGUCUGAUUUCGUGAAAAAGUACAUGAACAUAGACACGGAAAUCCCGGAUCUUUAUCGAAACGUCGCGGCCAUUCUGGUGAACUCGCACUACAGUAUAAAUGGAAUCAAUCCGACGACACCUUCGGUCAUCGAGGUCGGUGGCCUGCACAUCACUGAAAAGUCGGAUCCCCUGUCACCGAGUAUUACACUCACUUUAAAUCAACAGGAAGUGAAAAAAUGGCUAGACGAAAGUACACAAGGCUGCGUGUUCUUUACGUUUGGAUCGAUGGUGAGGAUCGAGACAUUCCCCAAACCACUUAUCGAAACUUUCUAUAAAGUUUUCGAGAGGAUCGCGCCCGUUCGAGUAAUGAUGAAGGUUGCGAAAAAGGAGGACCUGCUGCCUGGACUGCCAAAGAACGUGAUGAUACAAUCCUGGUAUCCUCAAAGCACAAAAAUUUAAAAGCGUUCUUGACGCACGGAGGUCUGAUGAGUACGCAAGAAGCGAUUUACUUUGGGAUCCCCUUGGUAGGAAUCCCUCUGUUCGGUGAUCAGCGCAUGAAUUUGAAACUCGCGGCUAGCAAAAAGGUGGCCGUGAAUCUUGGUUCUCUCGAUAACAUCACUGAAGAGACCCUCUACAACGCGCUUGACACAGUCUUGUAUGACGAAACAUACAAAGAGAGACCCAUGAGUGCCAUAGACACUGCUAUAUACUGGAUAGAAUAUGUCAGCAGAAACGGAUUCGUUCUACAGUCACCAGCUAUCUAUCUUACCUGGUGGCAACAGGAACUUUUGGACGUUUACGCGUUCAUACUAGCUUGCGUAGCAGUCGUACUGUGCAUCGCGGUUUUAUUGGUUCGAAAAUUAAAGAACUUUAUAUUUGGAUAUAGAUCUUGUAGCAAAGAGAAGAUCUCCGAGUCGAAAAAGAAGAAGUGA